GUUACAGUAGUGCUGAUUCUUUUCCUUCCCACCUACUUUGAAUGCAGACUGGCUCUCUCUUUAAUCAGUAUGCUGACGGUGAAAUGAGAGGCAAUAGGAAAAAGUGCACCUUAUUCAAGUGCCUUUCGGGAUUUUGAUGUUGAGAAUUGUCAGAAGUGAGUCGUCAAAGCAUAAUGAUGCAGUCUUUCCCCGCCAAACGGAUCCCUGUAGUAUACAGCAUUCCAGCUCCCAGUGAUUCUGAAUGUGGAUCUGGACAGAGUCUGAAUCUUCAACAUAUUCGGUCUUCUCAAGAAGAAAUUUCAUGUCUGCAGUGUUGUUUUUUUAAACAGAUGAAUAUGCAUUUCUGGAGGGGGUGGCUUCUUGGAAUUUUACCUCUGAUUUCCUUAGUAGCCACUAUAUUUGUGUUGGUCCUGUACUAUUCAUUAUCUCCAGCAUUCUCCUUUAUCUAUAUUGGUGGAAGUGUAGAAAUACCCAACUUGACCUACACAAGUGACCUCGCUGAUCCAAAGUCACAGAAAUUUAUAAUGCAAGCAGAAACAAUCCAGAGCUAUUUUGCAGAACUAUAUGAGUCUUCUACAUUAGGGGAAUAUUACUUGAAAACUGUUGUUGCUGCAUUUAGCGAAGGAGAAGGUGGUCUCCGAGCUUACUACUGGAAUACAUUCUGGGCACCGCAAGAGAUAGUUGACUCUUUCAAAAGAUUAACCUCACUGAAACAAAAGGAAAUAAUCAGUAAACAUACACUUCAGACUGCUAAUUCUUCUGCUGAAUCCUUUCUUAUGACAGAUGAUUUUGAUCUCUCAACAACGGAUCUGUUUGUUUCAGAUUCUUCAGACUAUGAUGUGACAUUGAAGUCAGCAGUAUCCUUUGACUUGUAUGCAAAGCCAGGUAACAACAGGACUUUAACUUUGAUGAAUCCUAAGAAAUCUUUUUAUCAGUGGAGGCUGCGUGUUCCUUCUAAUUAUAUCGUGAGACUUGUAGUCCUUACGUUGCAUGGUGUCACUCCAGGGAGUUGUGCAUCACACAGAUUAUCUGCAUAUGAUUUCCUCCUUCCUCUUCAGAACAAGAUCAUUACAAGGUGGUGUGGAGUAUCAGGAGUCUGGGGUUCUCCUGUCAUACGGUUAACUUCAUCGAGUAAUGUUAUGCUGGUCACCUUCUCACUGGACAGAAGACAAGAGAGCAACAUGCUAAAAGCAUACUUCCAAGCUGUUCCUAAAGUUGUCUGUGGUGGUCAGUACAGCUCUUGGAAUGGGACGGUGAGCUCCCCUUAUUACCCAAGCUACUAUCCUCCAAACAUUGACUGCAGCUGGCUAAUCCAAGCACCCCUGCCUGGGUAUAAGUUAUCGCUAAAUAUCCUUGUCAUACAAAUUCAAGAGAAGUCUCCAGGGUCCAAUAAAUGUGAUAAGGACUGGUUAGAAAUAGAUGGAGUUAGAUAUUGUAAAGCUAUUGCCGAAGGCAAGAGAAACAAGGAAUAUGGCGAUUCAAUUGUGAUUAAUUUCCAUUCAGAUGAACUGGUCACCCACAGAGGGUUUUAUAUUGAAUAUAAAGCAUUCAGCCACACGGACCCAUGUCCUAAACAAUUUAAAUGUACAGACAGAACAUGCAUUCCUUUAAACAAUCAAUGUGAUGGAUGGAAAGACUGCUCUGAUGGCAGUGAUGAAUUAGACUGUGGAUGUAAUCCAGAGGAGUCUAGUUGUCAUGAUGCAAAGUGUAAACGCCGUUCAAAGACUUGCAAAGGGGAUGAUAGUUGUGGAGAGGAUAGUGACGAAAAUGAUUGCCCCUAUAAAAGUUGUUCCUCAUAUGCAUAUAAAUGCCUGAAUGGAAAAUGCCCCACAAAACCAAACCCAGAAUGUGAUGGAAUAAGAGACUGUGGAGAUGGAUCUGAUGAAAUGAACUGUGCUUGUGGAAGAAGCCAGUUAAAAAGGACUAGGAUUGUUGGUGGUGAAGAUGCAAGAUCUGGAAAGUGGCCUUGGCAAGCAAGCUUGCAGAUGGGGAUGCAUGGCCAUAUUUGUGGUGCAUCUGUUGUUUCAAAUAGGUGGCUGUUAUCUGCUGCCCAUUGUUUUCUGGACUCUGAUUCUAUAAGAUACUCUGUGCCUUCUGGCUGGAAAGCGUACAUGGGCAUACGGAUCAUUAACAAAAACAGCAAUCAUGUAGCUAUGAGAUCAAUCAAAAGGAUUAUUGUCCAUCCACGGUAUGACCAAUAUAUCUCAGACUAUGACAUUGCCCUGUUGGAAAUGGAGACACCAGUAUUCUUCAGUGAGCUGGUUACCUUGCCAAAACACUGCAAGAAGCUAAAGUGAAAAUAAUUAACCAAAGUGUUUGCAACAAGCUGUAUGAUGAUCUGAUCACCUCUCGAAUGCUGUGUGCUGGAAAUCUUAACGGCGGCAUUGAUGCAUGCCAGGUAAAAGUGAAAAUUGUAGGAAAACUGUCGUCGUUUAAUUCCUAUGUAUAUCAGGAAUGUGUUUGGUUUUGACUCUGUGAUGGAGCACAGAGUUUUGGAAUUGUGGUUGACAUACAUAAGAAUCUCAGAAGCAGGGUGGUAAGUUUGACAGACAGUAGUUGAAUCCUUUGAAACAAAUGCUGCAUUUCAAAACAAUAGGUAAGAUCAGGUGUGUUGAUAUUGUUCUGCUGUGAGACCUUGUAUUGGUUCUGGCUGAAGGGGAUGCAGGAAAGAAAGAGAUUGAGUUAGGACUGUUUGUGGAAUCUUAAUGAUGAAUUUUUAAUUCUUAAACUUAUGGGUGAACUCAAGGUGGAAUUCCUUCUUUUCAUCUUUCUUUUUGUACUGCUCUAUGAUCAGCUGCUUGUUCAAUGGAAUGAUUCAGACAAGAGAGGUAAGUCGCUAUUCACAUUCUUCUCGUCUUCUUUGCAUCUCCUUGUUGCCAUUGUGUUCCAUUUAGAUUUGUCAGGAUUAGUUUUUAUUUAAUAACUAGCCAGUUAGCCUGUCAUAAGAUGGGAUUUUCAGGUCUUCUUUCUUGAGUACUCUCGCUCUGUCUGUCUGUCUGUUGCU